AGCCCAGCCUGGUUGGGUCAUUAGUCCAGCAUGGCCGUCCUCUCAGGACUCUUAGCCAGUUCCUGGGGCAGACAAAUUCUCUUCUACGUUGCAGAGAACUCCCAACAAAAAAAAGUAGCAGCACCAGACGCCAUCAUGGUUAGCGUUCUAACUCAGGAGCGUCUUCUCGGCGCUGCUCUCGGAAGCAUAUUCACGGGAAUCGUUGUAUUUGAGCAACGUAGAAGCAUCUAUAAAUCCAUUUCUUAUAACCAAGCUCAAUCCGAUUUUCAGUCUCAGGUGAGAGAACCUAUAUUCGGAAAGCAGUCUCGCUCACAGUUUGCACAUCUAUGGAACAAGGCUGUGGACCAGACAUUUGGACCAGUAAUCGAUUUGCUUAGUUCACGUGGGUGGUAGAAAUGUCGGAGUACUUCACUACCAAUUUAUGAGUGUUUCUCUGUUCUUUUCAUACACAUACUACAGCCUGGCCACAUUUGUAGUUUUGCACCUGUUCUGUAUUAUGCAAGGGACACACAUCCUGGGUCAGGAAAUAUGAUGAAGAACCCACAUAAUAAUUUUCCGACAAUUAUUAUUCCUAAAUGAGUAACGAUAUGUUUGAUGU